AUGGCGAAAUUUGCUGAUUGCAUCACUUGGACUACCCUCGACGUUGUCUUAUCGAAGCAUUUAUCUAUACGACACUACAAGAUUGUGAAGACGUUGAUUAUGAUGACAAGUAUUGGCGAGGACGAUGGUUCUGGUACUGCGGAAAGUGGUGGUGAUAGCUCUAGUGGUAAUAGUAGUGAUAAUUCUGGUUUGAUACGAAAACAAGGUUGCACGACAGACUACAAUUCUUGUCAAGACGUGACUAAAAUUUCUUGGAAGAAAUUUGGUGACGGCAAAAGUGGUAGGAAAAGCAAAUUGGAUAAUAUGACGCGACAGUAUGCAGGAUAUGGAACACUUCAGUCAGCUAGAUUCACACAUGUAAGGAAUGAUGCAAGUCGAGCUACGUGGAAAAUUAAUAUCGAACGGUUGAAAUCGGAAACGUGUCAACAAUCGAGUCCUCGCACUAACACGAAGUCGAGUGGUUCACAUCGUUACUUGCAUUCGAAGCGAUACAUUCCAGACGGACAGGAAGAGUCUGGUGAUGAAUCAGAGACCUCUAACAGCUCGUACAAUUCAUCGGAUAGUUCCAAUAGUCCUACGAAGCCGAUUUUAAAUUCUAAGCACUCGUCAGAGUUGGAUGCAGGUCGGUUCCUACCGCAAGUAUUAAGAUCUCAGACGUCUUACAAAAAGCGCCACAAAGUAACGGAGAAAGUCUCUUUACUUCGGUCUUAUAGUCAUGAUCUGGAGAACAAUAAUGAGUCGGGUGAGAAGACAGAGCUACUUCCUGAUAUCAAGACUGAGGUUCAUACGCUAAUUAAAUUGGCAAAUCCGGUUAUUCUCACGUAUGUACUGGAAUUUUUUCCAGCAUUGGUCAGUAUGACAUUGGUUGGUCAUUUAGAAUCGCCAUUAACAAAGCAGUAUUUGGAUGGCGUUGCUCUCUCAACGAUGUUUUUAAAUUUGACUGCAAUUGGCAUUGGAUUUGGUUUGGCUACUGCAAUGGAUACCUUGUGUUCUCAAGCAUAUGGUGCUGGUAAACCAAAAAAACUGGGCAUUUAUCUUCAAAGUGGAAUGAUUAUAUUGGGAAUUACAUUGAUUCCCGUGUUCUUCAUUAAUUGGUAUACAGAAGCUUUACUUCUCUUAAUGGGCCAACCUCCAAAAGUGGCAGCCUUUGCUGGCCGCUUUAGCCAAAUUUUACUCCCUGGUAUUCCAGCCAUUUACAUCUACGAGAUGUUGAAAAAAGUGAUGCAAGCUCAGAACGUUGUGUUACCAAUGGUGUAUAUUGCUGGGAUCAGCAAUGUGGUGAAUCUUGUUCUGGGAGUUUAUUUGACCUUUUAUACCUCAUUGGGCUUCGACGGCACAGCUAUCGCACGUUUAGUAUCAGAAAUUGUACUCCCAUUGUGUCUCGUUCCAUAUUUUAUGCGGUACCCUGAUAUUCCUGCUGAGUGGUGGUCUGGGUGGCAUGCGAAAGAGGCAGUUGAAAGCUUAAGCAUAUUUUUGAAACUUGGGAUACCAGGAGCUGCCAUGUUGUUACUUGAGUGGGUAUCGUUCGAGAUUAUGGCAGCAAUCGUUGGCUGGCUUCCUAACAGUGUCAUUGCAAUCAGCGUGCAUUCCGUUUUGGUGAAUGUAUCAACAUUUGCUUUUAACAUUUUCAUGGGGAUCUCCGUGGCUGCUAAUGUGCUUGACUUCUCGCUGUCGUUAUUAUUGCCACAAGGCGUUCUUCGUGGAACAGGACGAUUGACAUUAGGCGCAUACAUUAAUUUCGUCUCGUACUUUGUGCUUGGUUUGCCUAUUGGCACGUAUCUAGCCUUUUCGAUGGAUAUGGGGGUUACAGGAAUGUGGUCUGGUUUAACUAUUGGCAUCUUCUUUGGCUGUGUUGUAUCAUUUAUCAAGAUUUGCAAGACUGAUUGGAAGGGAAUGACUGACGCUGCGCUUGUGCGUACAAGCUAA